AUAUAAAAAUAGAGAAGCCAGUGCGUCCGAGCUGAUUAAUAAACCACAGAUUUGUAGCCUCAAUAAUCUCUAAAGCUAAUGGUAGUGGUAGGGUUAGAUUUUACUGUCCUGAUGCAGGGACAUCCCUCCCAUCGAUAUUCCCCCAUCCUAAAAUCAGAUCGUGUUUGAUCUAUAUCAGGAAACUUAAAACGUACUUCACUUUUUAAAAAUACUUACUCCAGAUAUUCUAAGCUUCUGUAGAGCUGAGAUUGACCUUUUCACUUCCGUGCCUCUAUAUCUGACAUGGUUUUGAACACACGAAAGAAGAGAUUACUGAAAGAAUUUCUGAAGUAGAGUACCCCGUUGAAGUGAGCUUUUUGAUCAUCUGUUUCAGGCCAGAAUGGCUGUAGAAUCCAAAGCAGUUUCAACCCUGCUACGUCACACUCCUCAGGAACAAGAACUGAUACUAGUGAAAGUAGAAGAAAGCCUGUCCUGGGGUCAGAAAUUAAAGCAGAAGGGGAGUACCCGAUCCUGCCAAGAAUUGUUUCGCCAGCAAUUCAGAAAGUUUUGCUACCAGGAGACACCUGGGCCCCGAGAGGCUCUGGGCCGACUCCAGGAGCUUUGCUAUCAGUGGCUCAUGCCAGAGUUGCACACAAAGGAGCAGAUCCUAGAACUGCUGGUACUAGAGCAGUUCCUGAGCAUCCUGCCUGAGGAGCUGCAAGUCUGGGUUCAGCAACAUAGUCCAAAGAGUGGCGAGGAAGCUGUGACUCUGUUGGAGGAUUUGGAGAGGGAAUUUGAUGAUCCAGGGCAGCAGGUCCGAGCUAGUCCACAAGGACCAACAGUACCAUGGAAGGAUUUGACAUGUCUUGGAGCAUCCCAAGAAUUAAACAUCCAACUCCAGCCUUUAAAGGCACAGCUGAAACCUUGGGAACCUUGCCUUUCCUUGCAAAGUGAUUGUGAGAACAAUGAAUCAGCGACAAAGAAGGACAUUUCAGGAGAAAAAGCAGGACUUCCCCAGGAACUUUCAUUCGGAGGAGUCAGUGAACAUGAAAACAGUUUAGAGUGGCAGCAAGGAAGUGCUUCGGGGGAGAAAUUAGGAAGAUCCCCUUCCCAGGGAGGCAGUUAUAGUCAAGUAAUCACACACAAAUCUCUAGGGAAGAGAUACCAUCAUGAGCCUCAAAGAAGCCUGAUUCUAAGUACAAACUCUGUAACAUAUCAGAAAGUUCCUACAGAAGAGAGACCUUAUAGAUGUGAUGUAUGUGGGCACAGCUUUAAACAGCAUUCUUCUCUAACCCAACAUCAGAGAAUCCAUACCGGAGAAAAGCCCUAUAAAUGUAACCAGUGUGGGAAGGCCUUUAGUUUGAGAUCGUAUCUUAUUAUUCAUCAGAGAAUUCAUAGUGGUGAGAAAGCAUAUGAAUGUAGCGAAUGUGGGAAAGCCUUCAAUCAGAGCUCGGCCCUCAUCAGACACCGGAAAAUUCAUACCGGUGAGAAAGCUUGUAAGUGUAACGAAUGUGGCAAAGCGUUCAGUCAAAGCUCCUAUCUCAUCAUCCAUCAAAGAAUUCAUACUGGUGAGAAACCCUAUGAGUGCAAUGAGUGUGGGAAAACCUUUAGCCAGAGCUCAAAGCUUAUUAGACACCAGCGAAUUCAUACAGGAGAGAGACCUUAUGAAUGUAAUGAAUGUGGGAAAGCUUUCAGGCAGAGCUCAGAGCUGAUAACCCAUCAGAGAAUACACAGUGGAGAGAAGCCCUAUGAAUGUAAUGAGUGUGGAAAAGCCUUCAGUUUGAGCUCAAACCUCAUUAGACAUCAGAGAAUUCAUAGUGGAGAAGAACCUUAUCACUGUAAUGAGUGUGGUAAAACAUUCAAAAGGAGCUCAGCCCUUGUUCAGCAUCAGAGAAUCCACUCUGGGGAUGAAGCUUAUAUAUGUAAUGAAUGUGGGAAGGCUUUCAGGCACAGAUCAGUCCUUAUGCGCCAUCAGAGAGUCCACACUAUAAAAAGACAACAUAACUGUGAUGAAUGUGGACAAAGCUUUGCUUGGAGUACAGGCCUUAUUAGGCAUCAAAGAAUUCAUUGGGAGAAACCCUAUGAAUGUGAUAAGUGUGGAAAGGCCUUCAGUGUGAGCUCAGCUCUGGUUCUGCAUCAGAGAAUUCAUACUGGGGAGAAACCCUAUCCUUGUAAUUGGUGUAUAAAAAGUUUCAGUCGGAGCUCAGAUCUUAUUAAACAUCAAAGAAUCCACACUGGUGAAAAACCUUAUAAAUGUGAUGCAUGUGGGAAAGCCUUCAGUCAGAGCUCAGAUCUUAUUAUACAUCAGAGGAUCCACACAGGAGAAAAACCCUAUCAGUGCAGUCAUUGUAGUAAAAGUUUUAGCCAGCGCUCAGACCUGGUUAAACAUCAGAGAAUCCAUACUGGGGAGAAGCCUUAUACAUGUAACCAAUGUAACAAACAUUUUAGUCAGAGUUCUGAUGUUAUAAAACAUCAAAGAAUUCACACUGGUGAAAAACCAUAUAAAUGUGAUGUGUGUGGAAAAGCCUUCAGUCAGAGUUCAGAUCUUAUUCUACAUCAGAGAAUCCACACUGGGGAGAAACCAUAUCCGUGUGAUCAGUGUGGCAAAAGUUUCAGUCAGAACUCAGACCUUAUUAAACAUCGAAGGAUCCACACUGGAGAGAAGCCCUAUAAAUGUAACGAAUGUGGGAAGGCUUUUAAUCAGAGCUCAGUCCUUAUUCUGCACCAGAGAAUUCACACUGGAGAGAAACCCUAUCCGUGUACUGAGUGUAGCAAAACUUUCAGUAGGCUUUCAGAUCUUAUUAAUCAUCAGCGAAUUCACACUGGAGAGAAGCCUUACCCAUGUAACCAGUGCAGUAAAAUGUUUAGUCGAAGAUCAGACCUCGUUAAACAUCAUAGGACUCACACAGGUGAGAAACCCUAUGAAUGUGAUGAAUGUGGGAAAACCUUUAGUCAGAGCUCCAACCUUAUUCUGCAUCAGAGAAUCCACACUGGAGAGAAACCCUAUCCAUGCAGUAAUUGUACCAAAAGCUUUAGUCGUCGGUCAGACCUUGUUAAACAUCAAAGAAUACACACUGGAGAGAAACCAUACGUAUGUAAUCAGUGCAAUAAAAGCUUUAGUCAAAGCUCAGACCUCACUAAACACCAGAGAGUACACUCUGGGGAAAAGCCCUAUCACUGUGAUAGUUGUGAGAAAGCCUUCAGUCAGAGUUCCGACCUAAUUCUUCAUCAGAGAAUUCACACUGGAGAAAAACCCUACCCAUGCACACAGUGCAGCAAAAGUUUCAGCCAGAACUCAGACCUUGUCAAACACCAGAGAACCCACACUGGGGAAAAACCAUACAGGUGUAAUGAGUGUGGGAAGGCUUUCAGUCAGUGCUCAGCUCUCAUCCUACAUCAGAGGAUCCACACUGGGGAGAAACCAUAUCCAUGUGAUCAAUGUGGCAAAAGCUUUAGUCGGCGCUCUGAUCUCAUUAACCAUCAAAGAAUCCACACUGGUGAAAAGCCAUAUAAAUGUGAUACAUGUGGGAAAGCCUUCAGAACAUGCACUGAUCUUAUUGAACAUCAGAGAAUCCACACUGGGGAGAAACUGCACAGGUGUCUUCAGUGCAGCAGAACUUUUACCCAACUCUCUGAACUUACUGAUCAUGAGAAAGUCCAUUCUGGCCAAGACAGUCUAAAUGUGAUGAAUAUGGGAAAACCUUUAGUGUACACACCACCUUUACUCAGAGACACUAUACCAGAAAAAAAACUUAUGAAUGCUAUUGAUGAUUAUGAAAAAAGUUUUAAUAAAUGCUCAAGUCUUGCGCUACAUUAAAAAAAAAAAAAACCGAGAGAAAACAUUGAUUCAAUUUUUAUAAUGAAGGUUUAACUCAGAGCUCAGACAUUACUAAACUUAAGAAAAAUUCUGAGGAGGAAUCCUGUGUGUUAUGGGAAAAUGUUCAAUGUGAAUAAAAAUUUUACUGAAUGUCAGCAAAAAUGGAAAGAAAUUCAUACCUGCUAUAAGGUAGGAAAAGCUCUAAUCUUAUCAAAUACAGUCCAAAGGGGAGAGUUUAAUCAUAAAAAAUGUGUAACAGUAUUAAGGACCUUAUCAGAUAUUGUAAAAAUCAGUGUGGAGGGGUGUGCAAUCAGAACUUAGAAAUAUAUUAGUAUUAAAACCUUAAAUGUUCAGUGACCCCAAAUUACCUACUACAUAUUAGAGAAGUUGUUUUAGAUAAUGUAGGGAAAACUUAAAAUUCCUUCCAUAAUUUCAUUGGCAUUCAUUCUGCUAUCACACUUUAUGGACAGCUGGAGAGUUCUAUCUUAUGCUAAUACUAGUUAUCAUUGAGUCCCAUGGGUGAACAUUUUAUGCUAUUCUGGUAUUAAAUGUAUUAACUACAUAACUCCAGUGCCCCAUAUUUCUCAAAAAAAUUUUGUGGCCUAGUUUUGGUUUUCCUAGUAGUGAGGAGAUUUUAAGUUCCUGUGAUAUUCACAGCAGUAUGGAUUUAUUUUGCUCUCAGUAAUGAAACCUAUAAGUUUUGGUGGUUUGAAAUCACUUCUUCAAUAUUACCAUUUAAUCACAGCUUCUAAAUAUGUGGAACAAUAAAAGAAUUCUAUAUGUCAAAGUGUGAAGAUUUCUCUACUACUGUAUUACUUAUCUUGUCAUCUAUAGGCUGAACAAAAUGAUAGUUAAAGUAAUACUCCCAUGACUAAUUUGUGUAGCAUAUUCUGUUUAAAAAUAAAAAGACCUACCUACUGAUUUUAAGUAGCGACAUUCA